AUGGGCGCUUCGCUUCCUCCUAAAGAGGCUAACCUCUUCAAGCUCAUCGUCAAAUCAUAUGAAACAAAACAGUAUAAAAAGGGGAUAAAGGCUGCAGAUGCUAUCUUGAAGAAGUUCCCAGAUCAUGGAGAAACUCUUUCAAUGAAGGGAUUAACAUUGAACUGCAUGGACCGAAAGCCAGAAGCAUAUGAGCUUGUACGCCUGGGAUUGAAGAAUGACUUGAAAAGCCAUGUUUGUUGGCAUGUCUAUGGUCUUCUCUAUCGGUCAGACAGGGAGUACAGAGAGGCAAUAAAAUGUUAUAGGAAUGCUCUGAGGAUAGAUCCUGACAACAUUGAAAUACUUAGAGACCUAUCACUUUUACAGGCACAAAUGCGUGAUUUGGCAGGUUUUGUUGAAACUAGACAGCAAUUGCUGACUUUGAAACCUAAUCAUCGGAUGAAUUGGAUUGGUUUUGCAGUUUCUCAUCAUUUAAACUCAAAUGCAUCGAAAGCAAUUGAUAUCCUGGAAGCAUAUGAAGGAACUCUUGAGGAUGAUUAUCCUCCAGAAAACGAACGUUGUGAGCAUGGGGAAAUGCUGUUAUACAAGAUAUCUUUAUUGGAGGAAUGUGGGCUUCUAGAGAAAGCUCUAAAGGAGUUGAGAAAAAAAGAGUUGAAGAUUGUUGAUAGAUUAUCCUACAAGGAAGAGGAAGUUUCUCUCCUUGUGAAGCUCAAUUCUUUUGAGGAAGGUGAAAAGUUGUACAGGGUGCUGCUUACAAUGAAUCCUGACAACUACAAAUACUAUGAAGGAUUACAAAAAUGUGUUGGACUACACUCGAAGACUGGUGAAUAUUCCUCUGACGAAAUAGAUAAGUUGGAUGCUCUCUAUAAAUCUCUUGGGGAACAAUACACCUGGUCUUCUGCUGUUAAGAGGAUCCCACUAGAUUUUCUUGUUGCUGAAAAGUUUCGUGAUGCAGCAGAUAGUUAUAUCAGGCCUCUCUUAACAAAGGGAGUCCCAUCACUGUUUUCUGACCUCUCUCCUCUGUAUGAUCAUCCUGGCAAGGCUAAUAUACUUGAAAAAUUGGUGCUUGGUUUGGAAGAAUCACUUAAAAAGACAGGUGGGUACCCUGGAAAGUCAGAAAAAGAGCCACCUUCAACGCUUAUGUGGACAUUAUUUUAUUUGGCUCAGCAUUAUGACAGACGGGGUCAGUAUGAUGUGGCGCUUGCGAAAAUUGAGGAAGCCAUGCAACAUACUCCAACAGUUAUUGAUUUAUACUCUGUCAAGAGUAAGAUUCUAAAGCAUGCUGGAGACUUUGCAGCUGCAGCUGCAUUGGCAGAUGAAGCUAGAUGCAUGGAUCUUGCAGAUCGUUAUGUAAAUAGUCAAUGUGUUAAAAGAAUGCUUCAGGCUGAUCAGGUUUCACUUGCGGAAAAGACAGCUGUACUCUUCACAAAAGAUGGUGAUCAACAUAAUAAUCUUCAUGACAUGCAAUGCAUGUGGUACGAACUUGCUUCUGGAGAAAGUUAUUUGAGGCAAAAUGAGGUUGGACGUGCAUUAAAAAAGUUUUUGGGUGUUGAGAAACAUUAUGCAGAUAUAACAGAAGACCAAUUUGAUUUCCAUUCUUAUUGUUUAAGAAAAAUGACUCUUCGUGCUUAUAUUGAAAUGCUAAGAUUCCAAGAUCGUCUUCAUGCUCAUGCUUAUUUUCGCAAGGCAGCUGCUGGAGCUAUAAGAUGUUAUAUCAAGUUGUAUGAUUCUCCUCCGACAUCAUCAACUGAAGAAGAUGAUGAGCUGGCAAAAAUGCCUGCUUCACAAAAGAAGAAAAUGAGGCAAAAACAGAGGAAGGCUGAAGCAAGGGCAAAAAAGGAGGCGGAAGUGAAGAACGAGGAAGCUAAUGUUGGUGUUUCCAAGUAUGGGAAAAGAAAUGUUAAGACGGUUGAUCCGGAUCCAAAUGGAGAGAAAUUAUUGCAGGUUGAAGAUCCUUUAAUGGAAGGUGGAAAGUAUCUGAAACUUCUUCAGAAGCAUUCACCUGAUCACUUGGAGACACAUCUGCUUUCUUUUGAAGUUAAUAUCAGAAAGCAAAAGAUCUUGCUUGCCCUACAGGCUUUGAAGCACUUGGUACAGCUAGAUGCUGAAAAUCCAGACACUCAUCGCUGCUUGAUAAGAUUCUUCCAUAAAGUCGCAUCAAGGCCUGUUCCCACUACUGAUUCUGAAAAACUUAUUUCUGGCGUAUUAGAAGCAGAAAGACCAAGUUUCAGUCAGCUGCAUGGUAAAUCUCUAAUGGAGGCAAAUACUGUUUUCCUUGAGCAACAUAAAGAUUCAUUGAUGCACAGAGCAGCUGUAGGUGAAAUGAUGUAUUGUUUAGAACCAAACAAAAAGGCAGAAGCAAUCACUUUGAUCCAAGAAUCACUCAAUAACUCCCCCAUUUCAAGUAACGGAUCACUUGGAGCCGUGAAAGAAUGGAAACUCAAAGACUGUGUUGCAGUUCACAAGAUUUUGGUGUCUACUUUUGAUGAUCGAGAUGCUGCUCUGAGAUGGAAAAAGCGAUGCGGAGAAGAAUUUCCAUACUCAACCUACUUUGAAGGGAGCCUGUGCUCCACUCAAACAAAUGUUUCUAAAGCUGAAGAAAACGGGGGAAUAUCAAAUGGUAAAAUAGAAAAGUUAGAUGCAAUGAAGAAUUUAGCAAUCAUCUAACACAACACAACCACUUAAAACUUAAAAAUCACAAGCUGUAGGAUUAUAUUAUGUUUGCGGUUGUAGGAUAAAGAUUCCUGACCCCAUGAGAAAAAAAAAACUCCACAUAUCUUGGAGAGACUACUAUUUUUUGUUAUUUUUAAAGCUGUUUUCUUUUCUUCAUGGGAUCAUGAUUCCCUUGAAAAUGUGUAUAAUUUACUUGUUAUGUCUCUUUAUGUUGUAUAAAUGCUAUAUUUAUUUGCAAAAAUUUUGGCAUGAUUUUUGAGUGAUUCUACACUUUGUAUCAAUAUAAUGUCCUGCAUGGUA